AUGGCCGGACUAUCAGACACCAUCAUCGAGGAAAGACAGGAGCUGAUGAUUUCACCCACAGGUGAUAGUAUCCCAACUAAAAGAAAAGCACACUUUCUUAAACCCUCUGUAAACUCUGCUCCAGGACCAGAUUUUGAACUUCCUUUUCUUCCUAUUCCACCCAAACCCACCAUUCCUGAGGUCGAGAAAUUGCCUUUGAUAGUAAAGUACAAAGGUCGGCGACACCCGCAGAACAACUGGAAAGAAUGGGUGGAUAGCUUGCAUUCCAAGCAUCAAUCCACAUGGAAGAAAGCUGGUAUAUAUGAGGCAAUAUUGAGCUCCAAAUACCAAAUCCUAAGGCACAAUAAUCUGAUUGUUAAUGUUGCUGAGAGGUGGUGUUCUAAGACCAAUACCUUUCUCUUUCCUUGGGCUGAAGCAACAAUCACACUGGAGGAUAUGAUGGUUUUGGGGGGUUACUCUGUUUUAGGCGACUCUAUUUCAAAGCCCCUUGAAACCAAUGAUUUGUGGGAAAUGAGAGAUAGCUUGACUGAAGCUCAUAAACAACUUACAGUGGCAAGCCAUGGUGCAUGGAUGCACUAUUUCAUGGGGAAUGGCCACAAGCUCGAGCAUGUAGCGUUUCUGGCGCUGUGGCUAUCAAGGUAUGUCUUUCCUGCAUCUUUGUAUUCUAACAUUGGAAGAAAUCUUUUUCCGAUUGCAAUUCAUUUAGCGAGGGGAACUAGAAUUGCGCUAGCGCCGGCAGUCCUCGCUAGCAUAUACUGGGAUUUGAGCUUAUUGAAAGAAAAUAUUGAUUUGGCCAGAUGUAUGAAAAAUGAGGAUAAAGGUGACAGGUUGGUGCUUGACCUUUGGGCGCCAUUUCAGCUAGUGCAGGUUUGGAUUUGGGAGAGAUUCCCAACAUUGCGGCAAACACCAAAUUUGAUUAAAGAUGGUGAGCCAAGAGCUGCUCGGUGGCAUAAAGUGAAGAAGUUGAAUAUUGAGAAGUUGGGAUUGGUCAUAGACUCUGAAGGAGAUGGUUUUCAGUGGCGGCCUUAUGCUGCAGGCUUGGAGAACUGGUUGUCUCCAAAGCUCUAUAGAAAUGAAGAAAGGUGGGUGCCGAUUGGUCCUGAUUUGGAUGAAGAAGUAGCUUCAUUUGCACGAUGCUUAAGGGCAAGCGAGCUGGUUGGACAAACGUGUAUAGAGCAAUACCUUCCACACAGAGUGGCUAUGCAAUUUGGUAUGGAUCAAGAUAUUCCGGGCUGUGUUCCUCGAUUCAAUAUGAAUAGAGAAACUGCUUGGAGCAACUACUGUAGGCCAAUUGAAGAUAAACAUUUGUACGUUCCAGCCAGACUCUUUGAGUCAGAUGUUACCGAACUAUACUUGAAGUGGUGGAAGCAAUCAAUGUUUGCUCAGGAAGACGCAAUCAAGCACUUUGUUAGGCGGCCUAGAAAUAGAAGAAGAUUUGCCAGAAUACCUGCUCGAAAGGUGGAAGAUUCCCACGUCUCUGUUCCUCCUGGUUUUCCUCCGAAAUGUCGUAAAGUCGACGAAAAGAAAACCAUCAAGGAAGAAGUUGAGUAUGAACCCUUUGGAGGUUUUAGUGCACCCAACAAUCUUGAGAACAAACUGGCUAGUGACGUUAAACCUUUCUCAGGCUAUAAUUCAGAAAUUAUAUCACAUUCAAUGGCAGGUGAUGGAGCUGCUAAAAAAGACUUGCUGAUGAGCCCAAUGCAAAAAAAAUUGGAGAGUCGAGGUUCAAUGCUUGAACCCAAAAGAAUUCUGGCAGAUUACCAUGUCUCUGUUCCUCCUGGUUUUCCUCCAAAAUGUCAUAAAGUAGACGAAAAGAAAACCAUCAAGGAAGCUGAACAUACACUCUAUGGAGCUUUGAGUGCACCUAAAAAUCUUGAGAACAAACUGGCUACUGAUGUUAAGCCUUUCUCAGGCUCUAGUUCAAAAUUUAUAUCACAUUCAAUGGCAGAUGAUGGAGCUGAUGAGACAAUGCCAAAGAUUUUGCACAGUGGAGGUUCAAUGCGUGAACCCAAAAGAAAUCUGGCAGAUGCAACUGUGAUUGAAAUGGGACGCCCAUCCAAGGCUGAGGUGCAUGUCAAAGACAAUGAUGGAGAAAGCGGCAGCUAUUGCAAAAAGGACAUGCCAGGAUUGGAGCUUGAGGUUCGGGUAAAUAGGCUUGAGAGACUAUAUGCAGAGCUAAAAGCGGCAAGAUCUGAUCGCAAGUUUGUGAACGAGCCCGCCAAGAAGUAUCCAUAG